UAUAGUUGUAUAUUGUUGUUUGGACUUAUCCUUUUAAGAAAUAGGUUCAUGUAAGAAUAAUUCAAUGGACCUGCUAAAGAGCUACUCUGAUGAAAGUGAAACAGAAGACGAAGGAGAGGAAAAGCAUGGUGAGGAAAAUUCUGAGAACAAAAGCAACUGUAACAAGACAAAGUCAGACAGUGCUGAACAGUCCAAUGUUGUUGAUUUCUUUGGUUUAAAUGAUAAUUCUGAUGAGGAGUCUCAAGAGCCCCCACUAAAGAAAACCAGGAAGUACCAACUAGGGUCACAAAAGGGCACAGAUAGUUACGUGGAAGUUCCUGAUAGUAAUUUCUGGAAAAACUUUACUCCUCAAGAAAAUCCAGAUGAUCAUAAUAGUUUUUUGGAGAAAAGAAAUGUUGAGAAAAGUGUACAUGCAGAAAACCAUCAAAUAAGGACGCAGAGAGGGCAAGUUUAUCAUCAAACCCAGGUACAUCCGAGAUCUUCUUGCCAGACAAACAGGGGUAAAGUAUCGGGUUAUAGAACAAAAGGACAUGAUCAUUGUACUGCCCCUAGUGAUCUUACUAGUCAAACUUUUAUCAGAACUCACCAGUCUCAACAGAGUUUCAGUUCCAGCAUUGAAUCACAAACACAAAGGCAACUUUUCUAUGUACAUUCAAAGAUAGCACCUCAUUUGAUGAAAAGCAAUAUGAAUAACAGGUAUCCACAUCAGGUGGAGAAAGAACUAGAGGACCAUACACAGACGGUAAACAGGGUGAUGUGGAAUAAUCCACCUUACAGCCACCUGUUCCUGUCUGCUUCUAUGGAUGGAACUGUCAGGAUCUGGAAUAUCUGGACUCAACUGUCACCUUGUGUUAAGCUUCUCAAUAUCCAUAAAAAAGCAGUAAAAGAUGCUGUCUGGAGCCUGGAUGGAAGACAUAUUCUCAGCUGUAGCUAUGACAAGACUGCAAAGUGGAUAGAUUUGGAAAAAGGUUCAGUAUUGUCCACAUUUAACAACACCUCCUUUGUCACAAGUUGUAAAGUUCACCCCAAUGACCCUAACCUCAGCAUCACAGGAUGUCAGAAUGGAAUUCACUGCUGGGACACCAGAAGCAGUCAGUCCCCUUGUAGAACAUACACAUAUAAGGAUUCCUUUGGCCAGGUUCAGGACCUUCUUUUCAACAGAGAUGGAAACACAUUUUUCUCAGCAGGAAGUGAAAUUACACAAGACUCAGCAGAUAGAAAUAUCAUGGCCUGGGAUUUCAGGUCAAGCAGUGUCUUAUCCAACCAGAUCUAUCAAGAGAGGUACAGCUGUACUAGACUGAAGCUUCAUCCAACAUCUGGUCAUUUCCUGGCACAGUCACAUGGAAACUACAUUGCCAUGUUCUCUGUUAAUCGGCCAUAUAAGAUGAACAAAGCAAAACGUUUUGAGGGUCACAAGUUGUCUGGUUACUCAUUAGGAUUUGAUAUUUCUCCUGAUGGAUCUCUGGUUUUAAGUGGAGAUGGUAAUGGACAGCUAUUCUGCUAUAACUACCAAUCUGGGAAGAUCAUCCAGAAGACUCCUACAAGUAUGGAUAUACUCAUGGAUGUCAGCUUCAAUCCAGUUCUGCCUUCCACUGUUGUGGUCUGUGGAUGGAACGGAAAAAUCCAAGUUCUGAAUUAGAAUCCAAAUCUGAAUUGUUUGGAAUAAUAACAUAUAACAGUACCUGAUUUGUUACCCGUUUUUGGAUAAUUCUUGGAGGAGCAGCAGAGGAGGUGUGUUAUUUGAGGUUGCCAGUGGCAUCUCUACAUUUAUGGAAUGGAAAACAAGCAUCAUAUGAAAUCACCAAUUGUAAAGUAAGACUGGUCACUGCUUUAUAUAAUACUGCAUAAUAACAGAAAGAGGACAACAAACAUUGCAGAAGCUCCUAAUUCCUUGAAAUGAAAAGACAAAAGGUUGCAUGUUUUGGCCACAUUGUCGGCAAAAAAUGUGAGAUCCAUGAUGGGAAACCGAAUCAAGUAAAACAGGUCACCA